UUAUUUUUAUAUUUUAGAAGUUCUGUAUAAAAUAUGUCAAUUUUAAAAAAUUAACAAAAAUGCUUCGAGGCUUACUCAAUGUACGUAAUUAUCUCAAAUCUUUUCGAUUGGUGAAAAAUGGUUUAAAGAGAAACAGUAACUGGGUAUCUCUUUUGCUAAAUAAAGAGAGCAGCCAUGAGUUAAAAAUAAAAUUCUCAACAGCAUUGUCUUCAAAACGAAGUCAUGAAAGUGGUGAUUUAAUUCCUUAUUAUUUUGCAAAAGAUCUGGUUUCAUUUUAUAAUGCAUUACCAAAUGCGAAUAGCAAAGUUGAGUUAUUUCAAGCAUUGUCUACUAAUCUUGGUAUUGAUACUGAACAAGUGGAAACCAGUCUUGUUAAGUUACAUAAGAGCAUAACAGAAAAAUCAACAUUAGUUAAUCGAAAUCAAGAGGAGCUUUUAUUGAGCUUAAUUCCAACAUAUAAACAUCUUUUUGAUGAUAUCAGCAGGUUAUCUGAAGGUGUUGGAUUUCUUGUCAACAUGCGAAAAGACUUAAGACAUUUGUUUAAAUCAAAUUUGCUUGAUCGCAACAGUCCUAAUCUGCGUGUCUUUGACAAUUUUCUAAAAAAACAUCUUGCUGAAUGGUUUGCAGAUGGUUUUAUGGAUUUACAGCCUAUUACUUGGAAUUCGACCAGUGCUGGAUUUAUUGAAAAGUUAAUGAAGUCUGAAGCUGUUCAUCCUAUUAAUUCUUGGAGUGAAAUGAAGCAACGUAUGGGUAAUAGAAGAAGGGUUUUUGCGUUUACUCAUCGUAUGAUUCCUGAUGAACCCCUGGUUGUUUUGCAUGCACUCCUCGGUGAUAAUAUACCCAGUAAUAUAAAUUCUGUUUUGCAAACAGAUAAUUAUCCAAUGGAAAAAGAUUUGGUCAAAACAGCCACAUUUUACUCAAUAUCAGCAAUACAUAGAGGAUUGGAUGGAAUUGGUUUAGGAAAUCUUCUUAUUAAAAAAGUAGUACACGAACUUAAGAGAGAGUUUCCAACUCUUGAUACAUUUGUAACUUUAUCUCCUGUACCAAAUUUCAGGAAAUGGCUUGACCAUCAUUUAAACAUUGUUGUAUCAGGGGAACCAAUUCCUCAAACAUUUAUUGGUUUUGACAUGCAGACUUGUUGUGAUAUUAAGAAUAUGCUUUCAACUGAAAACUGGCAUUUAAAUGACGAUUUGUGUAGUAAACUAGAGCUUCCCAUGAAAAAGCUUUGUGCUAGAUAUUUGUCUAGAGAAAAAAGAAGAGGUUUAGCCUUCGACCCUGUUGCUCACUUUCAUCUUCGUAAUGGUGCAAUAUUAUGGCGUUUGAAUUGGCUUGGUAACCCAAACCAAAUGGGCAUGGAUUUAUCUUAUGGGCUUAUGGUUAACUACAAGUAUAACUUGACUGAUAUCGAGGCAAAUAAUUAUGAAUAUUUGGUCCACAGUAAAGUCGCUACCUCCGCUGAUGUUCAAGUCACUGCUGAUAGUUAAAAACUAAUCUAAAUAUUUUUGGAAUCUAAAAAUUCUAAUAUUGUUUUUUUAUAA